CAAGGAGAUCUAUCAAAAGAAUGGAAGAUUAAUAAAGAAAUAGAUAAGUUAGUUGAACAAAAUAAUUACUAUAAAGGACAUAUAAGAAAACCACUUUUUGAUAUGAUACCUCUUAAUCACUGGGUUCCUGAUGAAUUGCACAUUAUGCUUAGAAUUACUGAUCGUUUAUGGAGUCUUGUGAUAGCAGAAUUAACAGAAUAUGGUUUGUUUAAUGAUACUGCACGAAAGAUAAUUGUAGAGGAAAUGAAAAGAAUUAAAGUUAAGUUUCAAUUCUGGCAAAUUCAAGAAUCUAAAACUUGGAGCUACACAUCAUUAAUGGGAAAUGAUAAGAUCAAAGUAUUACAAUUCUUUGAUUUAUCAAAAAUUCUUUCAAGACAACGCGCUAAUAUGAUACGAAAUCUAUGGAAUAAAUUUUAUGAACUCUACAUAAAAAUGAAGGACCAAAAAACAAAUGCUGAAGAAUUUCAAAAUGAUGCAAAGAAUUGGCUUACUUUAUUCUUAACGCCAUCUGAAGGUAUUCCAAAUACUCAAGGAUUCAAAAAAGGUCUUUAUAAACCUAAUGAUAUGACACCUUACAUUCAUGUGUUAGUCCAUCACGUUUCUGAAUUUAUGACAAUUCAUCAAAAAUGGGGAUUAAAGUCAUUUUCAUGUAGUGCAGUGGAAAAAAAAAAUCAUCAGCAAGUUUCUUAUUUUUUUCGUAAAACAAUGAAAGAUGGAGGUAGAAAAUCCAAGUCAUCAGCAAUUAUUGAGAUCUUAGAACAUGAAAAUCGAUCUCUUUUUUACAAUUACCAUAAUGUUUCCUUAAACUCUCAAAAACCUCAUAAAAUUCAUAUUAAAGCUGAAAAUAAUUAGAAUGA